CCCGAUUUAUGCUCGACGAGAACCCAACCAGCCCGCCCGCCUCCUCCAUCACCAGCAUCCCCCAAGGUUCCAAUAGGCCGUAUAUACGGUACCGCGUCUCAUCGGCAAGAUUUGUCGUCGAGUCCUGUUCUGUUUUUCCACCUGGCGUGUCGGCUUUUCUGCGAGCUUGCUCCUCCUCCACGCUCCAGCCAAACAAAAAGCAAGCGCCCGUACGGUUGCCGUUGGCCCCUGCUCGCUCGCUUCCAUGGUUGUUUUGGUUUCCACCAGGAUUUUCGCAAGCUCCAUGGCAAGAGCGACCGCCUUCCCGCAUAAAAGAUAAAAAGCCACCCCACACGCGCACACACAGCCUCGCCCACCCCAACCCCGUCUCCAUUUGCUGCUGCACCUCGACAUCUCGUGUUGCCCGCCCAUCGUCCCAAAGGAAUCACGACAACAAACCCGAUCAGCCGUCGGACCGUUGCUGGCUCUUCCCCAGGCCGACAAGCGCAGGUCGACACCAUGACCGAGGUAUCGUCAACGCGCCUUUAUUUGGGCAACCUGCCCCGACAAGCCACCAAGGAGGAUGUCGCGAGCCACUUUGGUGCCCAUGGCACUGGCAAGAUCACCGAAAUCAAGCUCAUGAACGGCUUCGGCUUCAUUGAGUACGAGGAUAUGAUGGACGCGCGCGACGUCGUUCCAGCUUUCCACGGAUCUCAAUUUAUGGGCGAGCGCCUCACCGUCCAGUUUGCCCGUGGCUCGCGCAACCGCGAUGGAGGAGGCGGCGCCGGUAACGGCAGCGGCUUCAGUGGCGAGCGCUCCGCACCCCGGCCUCGGCGGACCCCGUAUCGCAUGCAAAUCAGCGGGCUCCCCAAUGACACCAGCUGGCAGGACCUGAAAGACUUUGCCCGGCAGUCCCAGCUGGACGUGGUCUACUCCGAAACCGGUCGCAGUAACAAUGGGGAAGGCUUUGUCGAGUUUGAGACCGCUGCGGACCUUGCUACUGCCGUUGACGCACUUGAUGGCAAGGAAUUCAAGGAGAAGGUUGUUAGAUGCGUCGCCAACGCUCAAGCCGAUCCGCCUGUGCGUGACCGUGGCCGCUCCAGGUCGCCUCCGGGAAGGCGCUCAUAUGCUCCUCCUGGUGACGACUAUGACCGUCGCGGGCCUCCUCGUGGUUACAGUCCCCGUCGCGAUGGCUACCGCGAUGGUUAUCGCGAGCGGAGCCCCCCUCGCCGGGAGUACUACGAUGACAGAGCGCGUUACCGGUCGCCGCCUCGCCGUGGGCCCGUCGAAGACUACCCGCCGCCUCGCGGUCGCUACGACGACCCCUACAGGCGCGACUACCCGCCCCCCGACCCCUAUGCCAACGGCAGACCCUACGACCGCCCUCCGCCGCGGGACUUCCCGCCGCGUGAAGCCGGCUACUCUCGCGAGGGAGGAUACCCGCGAGAGUACGAUAGGCCGGCUCGCUACUGGUAAUUCUACUCCACUCUCACUGGGCGUAUCGUCCCUUACUCUUUAUGUGUAGAUUCACUCGGAGAACGAUUCUCCCGCCUGGUGCGCGGCUCGAGGACGCUAUCCACCUUCCCAGGAUCCUCUGGACGACACUGGCCGGACUUAUCGACAGCUGGAUAUGCCCUUCGGCCUCCUUGUGUUUUUUUGACCCUGUUGUUAUCGUCUUCAAGCGCCUGUACUGCAGUGUCAACCUGUUCUAACGAAAACUCGCCUCUUGGCUUCGUGGAAUCACUCUCGUCGUUCCAUCGCGGUCUGGAGACCUCCUGUUCCCCGGAAUUCUUCGCGUCCGGGAUCCGCCGGAUAUCGGGCAAUGAGCUAUGAUCAGUUUGGGGAUUUCUCUCGUUGCGUUGUUUUGCUAGUGUCUUUUUGUUUUGUUUCUCUGUAUCACCUGCCAUGGCCUUCCUGGGAUUCCGGUACGCCGACGGACCUGGACCUGGACCAUCGAAGCGCGCUUGACUUGACUUACGAUCGAUAGCCUCGCCCAUUGGGCGCGACGACGCUCGAGUAUCCGAUGGUUUGUUCUGGAGCCCUUGGAGGCCCGGCUACGGCAUCAUAUGCAAUGCUGUACUUGGCGCUUUGGUAUCUCUUGAGAUGUCACGACCCUAACGCAAAAAAACCUUAUACCGUAUACAUAAUGUCCGGACCCGCCAUUUGCAGCAGGUUGCUACUAACUAGCAUACAUACUUCAGCCCAAAUGAGAAUCUGUUCACGGCAAAUAA